CCCCUUCAACCUUUUCACACCCACCCUAACUACUCUCUUUUUUUUCUCCAUCUCUCAACAACUCAGAAGACAAAUCUUUGAUCUAUUCUCCUCACUAGCACAAAUACAAAGCUUUGAGCACUCCUUAACUCCAGAUAAUGGCUAUCAGGAAAUCAAACAAGUUGUCUCAAACAGCAGUUCUGAAACAGAUCCUCAAGAGGUGCUCAAGCUUAGGAAAGAAACAGGGCUAUCACGACCAAGAAGGCCUCCCUUUAGAUGUCCCCAAAGGACACUUCGUUGUAUAUGUUGGUGAAAACAGAAGCAGGUACAUUGUGCCUAUCUCUUUCUUGACUAGACCAGAGUUUCAAAGCUUGCUUCAACAAGCAGAAGAGGAAUUUGGGUUUGAUCAUGAUAUGGGUCUCACCAUUCCUUGCCAAGAAGAAGUUUUUCAGUCCCUAACAUCCAUGCUCAGAUGAGGAAGAAGUUAAUUAAUUGCAUUGUUCUUGCUCAGGUUUAAUUAUAGGUUUAUGAUCUACACUGUUUGGAGAAAAUUAAUGGCUGUAGAGAUGAAGCUGCUUCACUGCUUCUCUGGUUUAAUUUUCUCUUUUAUAAUUAUUCUUUCUUUGGGU